UAUUAAAUUUGAAUAUUUCAAUUUAAAUAAAUUCAAAAUUAUUUUUUUUUUAAAUAUUAAUAAUUUAUAAUUUAUUCAAAAUCAAAAAGUGAAAAAAUUUUGAAAUUUUUUUUUAAAGUAAAUAAAAUUAUUUGAAAAAAUUAAUUAUAGAAUAAAAAUAUGCUCUUAUCAAUCGAAAUCGUAUAGUAGUGAAAAAUUUUAUAAAUGAAGUGAAUCAUCAUUAAAAUAUUUUAAUUUUUAAUCAAAAAUAUUGUUUAAUCAAAUUUUUUAAAAUAUUGUGUUAUUUUUUAUAGUAAUAAUUAUAUAAGAUAAUUUUUAUUAAACUUAUAAAUUCAUUAUUGGAUAAAAAAGAAUUUUUAAAUGUGCCAGAUAAAUUUCGAAAUAUAAAAAUAAAAUGACCAAUAACUGGAAUAAGUUUUCACUGUUAAUGUGGAAAAAUUGGAGGAUACAAUGGAAUCAUAAAAAACAGCUAGUGAUUGAAAUAGUUCUGCCCAUAUUAUUUGCAGGGCUACUAAUAGUAGUGCGAAGCUUAGUUGAUCCAAAAACGUUUUCGAAUGCAACAACAUUUCCAGCACAAAACAUAACAUUUUCAGCAAGCGUUAAUAUUACAGCAGGCAGUAUUAAACGUUAUGAAGUUGCAUAUUAUCCAAAAAGCAAAUGUUUAGAAGAUGUAGCAGAUUACGUACAGAAAUGGUUAACUGAGAACAAUGAUUUAUCAAAGCAAGUUCCUUUUUUUGUAACUGGACAUGAUAACGUUACUGAGCUUGAUCAACUUGUUAAAACUAAUGGUAUUAUUGCUGGUGUUCAGUUCGAUGACAGUUUAAAAAAUAGUGAGGAAUGCCCAAAAAAGAUUUCUUAUGCCAUCAGAUUUCCAAGCGAGUUGAGACAAAAUAAUGAUAUGUUCGGAAAUCAAAUUCAUAAUUGGGAGACAAAUAAUUUAUUUCCAGUAAUGGAUUUUGGAGGACCCAGAAUUGGUGCAUAUAAUUACUUUGAUGCAAACCCAUCAUAUUAUAGAGAAGGUUUUAUUGGUAUUCAACAUGCAUUUGCUUUGGGAUUUAUAGAAAAAUUAAAAAAAAACAAUGAAGAAUUACCUGAAAUUAAUAUUCAAAGAUUUCCGUAUCCACCGUAUGUUUUUGAUCCAAUUUUAACGGGUCUAGAAUCAAUGGUGUCUUUUAUAAUAUUAAUUAGUUUUGUAUAUCCAUGCUCCCAAACGGUUAAGUAUGUUACAACUGAAAAAGAAAAACAACUUAAAGAAGUUAUGAAAAUUAUGGGUUUACCGAAUUGGUUGCAUUGGACAGCUUGGUUUCUUAAGACAUAUCCAUUAGCACUAAUUUCAGUAACUUUGAUGGUAAUCUUAUUUAAGGUUCAUUGGACUAAUCCAGAUGUCUCAGUUUUAAGCCACUGCGAUUGGUCAAUUCUGUUAGUUUUCUUAUAUAUUUAUUGUAUUUCAAUGGUAACAUUUUGUUUUAUGGUAGCAACAUUUUUUUCAAAAGCAAAUACAGCAUCAGCAGUCUCAGGAUUAUUAUGGUUUAUUUGGUUUUUACCAUAUCAAUUUACUGAUAAAAGUUAUUCAAAUAUGGUACUUUCUGAAAAAUUAGGUCUUUCAUUGUUCUCGAAUACAGCAAUGGGUUACGGAUUUAAAUUAAUUUUGAAAUUAGAGGGUACCGGUGAAGGUUUACAAUGGGAUAAUUUAUUUAGACCGGUAAAUAUCGAUGAUGAUAUUUCGGUUGGACUCCUUUUAAUAAUGUUAAUAGUUGACUCUGUUGUAUACAUGUUAAUUGCCCUCUAUGUAGAAAAAAUAUUACCUGGAUCAUUUGGUGUACCAGAAAAGUGGUAUUUUCCAUUUACAAAAUCAUAUUGGUGUUCCAAUUCCUAUUCAGAUACUUCUCAAGAUACUAUUUCAACAAUAAGAUCUGAUCCAGCAGCUUUUGAAAUUGAACCAAAAAAUAAAAGAGUUGGUCUAUCGAUAAAAAAUUUACAUAAAGAUUUUGGCGAUAAAAUUGCUGUUAAUCAAUUGACAAUGGAUUUGUAUGAAGAUGAAAUAACGGUUUUGUUAGGGCAUAAUGGAGCUGGUAAAACCACAACCAUUUCCAUGUUAACUGGUAUGAUACCGCCAAGCCAAGGAACCGCAGUUUUGAAUGGUUAUGAUAUCCGAACAAAUUUAAUGAAAGCUAGAAUGUCGUUAGGUUUAUGUCCGCAACAUAAUAUACUAUUUGAUGAGCUGACAGUACGUGAACAUAUAAUAUUCUAUAGUCGACUAAAAGGUUUAAAAGAAACUGAAGUUGAAAGUGAAGUUGAAAAAUAUGUAAAAUUAUUGGAAUUAGAAAAUAAAGUCGAUACGCAAUCAAAGAAAUUGUCAGGUGGUAUGAAACGUAAAUUAUCUGUAGCAGCAGCACUAUGUGGCGGAUCUAAAGUAGUAUUAUGUGAUGAACCUACAUCUGGUAUGGAUCCAUCUGCUAGACGAGCUCUCUGGGAUCUAUUGGAACUUGAAAGAAAAGGGCGAACAAUAUUGUUAUCAACACAUUUCAUGGAUGAAGCUGACGUACUUGGUGAUAGAAUAGCUAUAAUGUGUAGCGGAGAGUUAAAAGCAUAUGGUACAUCAUUCUUUUUGAAAAAACGAUAUGGUGCUGGUUAUCAUUUGAUAUGUGUAAAAAAAGAUGAUUGUAAACCGUCUCAGAUAACAGAUCUUCUACGAAAAUUCAUUCCAGAUAUAGUUAUCGAAAGUGAUAUUGGAACUGAAUUGACAUAUCAACUACCUGAUACGUUUUCAAAGUGUUUUGAAAAAAUGUUACAAGAACUGGAAGAGCACUCAGAAGGGCUUCAACUCAGUGGAUAUGGUAUAUCAAAUACAACUUUAGAAGAAGUUUUUAUGCUAGUUGGCUCUGACAGACAAGAUCAGAAAGUUAAUGGUGUUAACUGUGCAAAUGGAACAGAAAUAACUGGGGCUCAAAAUAAAUACGUUCAUCUUGAGUCAUCAAGUAGUAGUACCAGUUCACUCGAUAGAAUUUAUUUACUUAACGGUAUUAAAUUAACUCUAAGUCAAUGGAAGGCUAUGCUGCUUAAGAAAUAUCUUUAUACUAUUCGAAAUUAUAUAAUUUUGAUAAUUCAAAAUUUUAUGCCAGUUUUUUUUGUAAUUAUUACUGUGUUAAUAUUUAAAACAUUUGAUCCAUUCAAUGAAUUAAAAGCAUUAAAAUUAGAAAUUAGCGAAUAUUCUAAAACUGUGACAGCUUUAGAACCAAAAGAUUUACCCAAAGACAGUUUAGAAGAUGCAAUCGUUACACAAUAUCAAACAUAUAUAGAAAAGUUUGGUUCACAACAUAAAUUUAUCAAAGUAAAAGAUUUUGAAAAUUAUUUAAUUGAUUUAGGUAAGAAAAGUUUAAAAACCCUAAAUUCUGAUUACAUAAUUGGUGGUGUAGUAGCUCCAAAGAAUAUAACAGCAGCGUUUAAUGCACAGUUGUUACAUGUUCUACCAGUAACAUUGAAUGCAAUUCAUAACGCAGUUUUAAGAGCUACCACCGAUGAUUCAUCGUACACUAUUGAGGUUACAAAUCAUCCCCUUCCAUAUGCGGAAACAACGAAAUUAAAAGCUACCAAUAUGGUUAAUUUUGGUUAUCAGUUGUCAAUUAAUUUAAGUUUUGCAAUGUCAUUUGUCAUAUCGUUUUAUUUACUAUUUCAAAUAAAGGAACGUGUUAGCCGAGCUAAACUCUUACAAUUUGUAAGUGGUGUUAAAGUAAUAACAUUUUGGUCAACACAAUUUCUUGCUGAUUAUGCAACUUAUUUGGUAACAGCAAUUAUGACAAUCAUUACAAUAGCUUGCUUUCAAGAAGAAGGAUUUGCUACUUUUGAAGAACUAGGUCGAGCAUUUUUAGUUUUUAUGCUUUUCGGGCUUUCCAGCUUACCUUUGACAUAUUUAUGGGCAUUUUGUUUCACUGAUUCAGCUACAGGAUAUACAAGAGUGUCCAUCUUUAAUGUUUUCACAGGCAUGGCGCUAUCAAUUUUGGUUUUUAUUUUGAAUAUGUUUGUAGAGAAGAACAUAGUGGAAGCUAUUAAUGCAGUUGCUUUAAUUUUCCCUAAUUAUGUAUUAGCGAAGUCGUUAGAAAGUGUACAUAAAAUUUCGAGAACAAAGACUGCAUGCUUAAAAAUAUGUGAUUACUUUCCGCAAAUACCUCCUGAACAAUGUACAAUGGAAAACUUAUGUCGAUUUCCUUUAACAAAGGAAUGUUGCGUUCCUGAUUAUUUUGAUUGGAAAGAGCCCGGUAUUGGAUCUCACAUCGUGUACACGUUUGUAGUUGCUGGCAUUUUAUUUGCAAUAUUAACAUGUAAAGAAUUACGUUUAAUUGAUGGGAUUACCUUUUACAUAAAAUCAUAUUUCUUUGAAAAAUAUUACAAACCGAGUGAUACCGUAAAUCCCGUUAGCGCUGAAACCGAUGAAGACGUUAAAGAAGAAAAAUUAAGGGUUGCAAGAAUGUCACCAGAUGAAGUUAGAAAUACUAACUUAGUUGUAGAUUGUAUAACAAAAUAUUAUUGGAAAUUUUUAGCGGUCAAUAAUAUUUCGGUAGCUGUCGAACAUUCUGAAUGUUUUGGUUUACUUGGUGUUAACGGUGCUGGUAAAACGACAACAUUCAAAAUGAUGACUGGUGAUGAGCGAAUUAGUUACGGUGAAGCUUAUGUUAAAGGUUUAUCAGUAAAAACAAAGAUGAAUGAUGUAUAUCAAGAAAUUGGUUAUUGCCCCCAAUUUGAUGCGUUACUAGAAGAUUUGACUGGACGUGAAACUUUACGUAUAUUUGCUUUAUUGCGUGGUAUUCCAGGAAAUCUUAUUCAGCAAAUCUCGGAAGAUUUAGCAAAAGGUUUUGGAUUUAUGAAACAUUUUGAUAAACCUGUAAAAACAUAUAGUGGUGGAAACAAAAGAAAAUUAAGUGCCUCUUUAGCAUUAAUUGGAAAUCCGUCGGUUGUUUAUCUAGAUGAACCAACAACUGGAAUGGAUCCAGGUGCAAAACGUCAACUAUGGAAUAAAGUAUGCCAAAUUAGAGAUUCAGGAAAAUCGAUUAUAUUAACUUCACAUAGUAUGGAAGAAUGUGAAGCAUUAUGCACGCGUUUAGCUAUUAUGGUUAAUGGUGAAUUCAAAUGCAUUGGUUCUACACAACAUCUAAAGAACAGAUUUUCAAAAGGGUUAAUUUUAAAAAUUAAAAUUCAUCGGGAUGAAAACGGUGAACACAAUCCACGAUUAUCAACUCAAUUUAUGCGAAGUUUAUCACAGCUAUCACAUAACAGGACGUCAAUAGUAAGUGAUAGUCUUAUAAAUGAAGAAGUAGAAAAAAUUACGAGAUUUGUCAAAGAACAUUUUUCAGAAUCGGAAUUAAAGGAGCAACACCAGGGAUUAUUAACAUUUUAUAUACCACUAUUAGGAAUACAAUGGUCAAAAAUAUUUGGAAUAAUGGAGGCUAACAAAUCAAUAUUAAAAAUUGAAGAUUAUUCCAUUAGUCAAACAACUUUAGAAGAAAUAUUUUUAGAAUUUGCAAAAUAUCAACACCAUGAUAAUCGAGUAGGACAGUAACUGUAGACAUGAAAUCAAAAAUAUAAUUCAGAAAUAUUGAAUUGUAAAAAAUAGUAUUUAUAUACAAUAUGCUCUCAGGUUAGAAAUGUAUAAUAAUUUAAUAAAAUUAUUUUAAUAGGAUGUUUUUAAAGCACGUCCAAAUUGUGUUGCUUGACUUAUCAUGUAUGUAUAAAAUAUGUACAAGGGUGUGAAUUGAAUAGUGAAAAUAAAGUGAUAUACUAAAAUAGCAAUUAUGAAUAUGAUACAACUUUCUAUUAUACCUUUUUAUAAUAUUGACAAUAAGCGGUAAUCUUUAUUUACAGGCGUAUUAUAGAGCUUCUAUUAUAUGCAUUAAGAGAGGGAGUCCUACAAUAUUUGUAAUUGUAAUAAAAUAUAUUUUGAUUACCAAUAUUUAAUUUAAUUAUAAUUUUCGUUCUUUUAAGAGAUAGAUUUGUUAAUGAUUUUUCGUAUUUUAAAAUUAAAUAUGCAUUUGUUUCCUAUAGUACAU